CAAGCCACAUAUCAAUCAUGGAACCAACCUUGCUCUACAUUCUCAUUUCUCUCCCAAUUCUCCUCAUUUUUCUAAAACUCUACAAUUCAAGAAAAAAAUUACCACCAACUCCAUUCCCCACACUUCCCCUACUAGGCCAUCUCCACCUCCUCAAAUUCCCCCUCCACCGCACCUUCCUAAGCCUAUCCCGAAAACUCGGCCCCGUCUUCUCCCUCCGCCUCGGGACCCGUGUCAUGGUGGUCGUCUCCUCCCCGGCCGCGGCCGAGGAGUGCUUCACAACAAACGACAUCACCCUCGCCAACCGGCCCCGCUUCAUCAUCGGCAAAUACAUCGGCUACAACUACACCUCCCUCGUCGGCGCCCCCUACGGCGACUACUGGCGCAACCUCCGCCGCCUCACCACGGUCGAGAUCUUCUCCACCGCCCGCCUCAACGCGUUCCAGUCCAUCCGAGCCGAUGAGGUCCGCAUCAUGCUCCAGAGCCUCGCGCACCGAGGCUUCUCCAUCGUCGAGAUCAGACCGCUGCUGUCGGUGCUGACGUUCAACAACAUCAUGAGGAUGGUGGCGGGGAAGCGGUAUUUCGGGGUGGGCGAGGACGACAAGGAGGCGGAGGAGUUCAGGGGGCUUAUUAAGGAGGUUUUCUCCUACGGCGGAGUGUCUAAUUUGGCGGAUUUCUUUCCGGUUUUGAGAUGGUUUGAUUAUAAAGGGGUGGAGAAGGAUCUGGCUAGGAUUGCUGCUACAAUGGAUGUUUCUCUUCAAGCCUUGAUUGAUGAACAGAGACAGCAUAGUGAUGGGAACACUAUGAUUAAUCACCUCUUGGCUUUGCAGGAUUCGGAUCCAGAAUAUUAUACAGAAGAAAUCAUCAAAUGUAUUAUAGUGAUGAUGCUGCUUGUGGGGACAGACACGUCAUCAGUAACGGUAGAGUGGGCAAUGUCUGCGCUACUAAAUCACCCGGACAAGAUGAAGAAGGCAAGAGAAGAGAUCGAUAGAGUAAUCGGAAAUGACCGUCUCCUCCAAGAGUCGGAUUUACAUAACCUCCCUUAUCUCCAAAACAUAAUAUCCGAAACGCUGCGGUUGUUCCCCGCGGCACCAUUGCUUGUACCCCACGAGGCAUCGUCAGACUGCAAGAUCGCGGGGUACGACGUGCCACGUGACACUAUCGUGAUGGUCAACGCAUGGGCCAUCCAGCGGGACCCGUCCGUUUGGGAUGACCCGGAGACAUUUAAGCCAGAGCGGUUCGAAGGCAGGGGAAUUGGGGCUCCGAACUUGCUGGCAUUUGGGAUGGGCCGGAGGGCGUGCCCGGGUAGCGGGCUGGCUCACCGGGUUGUGGGCUUGGCGUUGGGGAGUUUGAUACAAUGCUUUGAAUGGGAGAGGGUUGAUGAAAGGUUGGUAAAUUUGAGUGAAGGGAAAGGAGCAAGUAUGCCUAAGAAUGUGCCUUUGGAGGCAAAAUGUAGAGUUAGUGAUGUGGGCCGAAGAGUUAUUAGUGUUUGAGUGAGUUGGUUUUUAUAGAUUGGAUUUGGAAUGGGGGAUUGUUUUUCAUUCAUUUUUUGAUUGAAAUAUUUAGAAUCGCAAAUCAUGUAAUAUGUUCUUCUCAGAACUUUUAACUAUCCAAAAAGUUUUAUACAUA